UGUCCGACUAAACAGGACAGCAACAAGUACCUUUGGUAGCUUGCUAGCUAAUGCUAACUAAUAUUACUGCAGCAUGACACUUUAUUUACACUCUCAAACUUUCGGCUGAAAUCCAAAAGAACUGGUACAUGUGUGUUCAGAGUAAAUCACUUGUAGCUGGUGACCUCAUCCAGGGGGAAGGACUUUUAAAUUAAAUGGAGUCUGAAAAGGUUGAUGGACUUCCUAACAGUGGACUACACCAGGACUAUGAUCGGGCAGGCAGAACUCAAAGCAAUGGGACUUAUGGCCUCACUAUUCGGAUCAAAGGGUAUGAAGGACACUCCUAUGUAGUAAUGAACAACCAGAAAGUAGAGCCCUCAUCCUUUGGGAGUCCUGAGAGUAAUGUGGACGUGGACAGUGGUCGCGGGUAUGGCUUCCAUAAUGGUGUGAAGGGGUUGAAGAGAAGAGAGCCACCAAAGAGGUCUUCCAGUUUGCUGAACUUCCAAAGGCACCCAGAGAUUCUGAAUCCUUACGACCCUGUAAACAACACCCUGAGCCUGGACAACUACCAUAGCCUCCCACCCAGGCCAGCCUCUGACAAGUAUUCCCUGCUCAGGAGGUCAUCCACACUGGAUUCACACAGUAAGCGCCCCAGUUUGGACAGGCACAGUACACCUGAGCUGCUUGUGGAUGAGGAGACUGGCCAGCCCCAGCCCCAGGCUGAGCCUAAACCUCAGCCGCAGUCUGAGCCCCAAGCUGAAUCUAAACCACUGGCUCAGCCCCAGACUCAGCCUAAACCUCAGACUCAGCCUAAACCUAAUCUCCAGCCCAAGGCCCAAGAUAAAUCUAAACUGCUGGCUGAGCCCCAGGCUCAGCCUAAAUCACAGGCUGAUCCACAAUCCCAGGCUCAGCUUAAGCCUCAGCCUCAGUCUCAGAUCAAGCCCCAGACUCCUGCAAUAGUAAACACUCCCAGUGACGAAACCAAGCUCGCCCAAAAGUCACUCAGCACAAUCAGCGGCAGUGCUAACGCGGAGCCUAGCGGCCAUAACCCCGAUGUCCUGCCCCUUCGCCGACAUGACUCCAGUGGACCUGUGCUGUCCCGCUCCCGCCACUCCUCCAGCUCCUCUAACCCUGGCAGAGAAGACCAGGAGGCGCUGUACGCCGACACCAUCAACCGGCACGAGAACCGCCGCUACAUCCCCUUCCUCCCGGGCACUGGCCGGGACAUCGACACGGGCUCCAUCCCCGGAGUGGACGAGCUCAUCGAAAAGUUUGACGGCAGCGGCAGCGGCAGCCACCAGCGGAGGGGUUGGGCCGGACGCAGGAACAGGAUCAACCCGGAGGACCGCAAGCGAUCCCGCAGCGUGGACAGCGCCUUACCCUUUGGUCUGAGAGGGGAUUCCAGCUACCUGUGUGAGUUCAGUAGGAAUCAGGGCCGAUCCACUGAGCAUGUCCUCCGACCCUCGCAGCUGGGACUACAGAAGGCAGUUCAACACCAGGACCCUGCAGCAAGGAAGGCCCUGUCCAGGGCUGCUUCUACCGUCGAGGGUAAAUUCAACCCCAAAGCCUCAGCCCAAGACAGCAUUACGCCAGAAUCACCACAAGGUGCAGUCUGCAAUGGAACAACCUCUAGUCUGGUGUUUAAGAGAGGACUGAGAAGGUCUGCCACACUGCAGUUGAAGACUAAGACGUUUGAGGAGGAGAAAUCACCACGAUCAGUGAAGGUUCUGACCAGUACACCAACAUCUCCAUCCACGCCUUGCGCUACAAGCAGACAGCUUGAUGCAGCAAGGGAUGUUCCGGUGACCCCUGAUCUUUUGAAAGGUCAACAAGAGCUUGCACAACAAACAAAUGAAGAGACGGCAAGACAGAUAUUGUUUAAUUACCUCAAGGAGGGGAGCUCUGAUAACGACGACACCACUAAGAAGAAGGUCAACCUGGUCUUCGAGAAGAUCCAGACCUUGAAGACCAGGGCUGCCAGGAAUGCGUCAGGGGACAAACCCCCUGAUGCAGAGGAGAAGGCCCUUCAGGAGCAGAGGGCCGAGCUGGAGAGGAAAGUUACCGAGCUGACAAAACAACUGGAGGAGCAAACCCAGAAGCGGAGGAGCCUUACAGAGGCGUGUGAGAGGUCGGAGGCAGACAUGAAGGACCUGCAGAAGGAGCUGGAUGCGAGCCGGGAAGAGUGCACCAAGCUCCGGGAGCAGCUGUCCAAGGCAGAGGCCGACCUGCACACCGCUGUGGAAGAGCUCUUCCAGGUGAAGAUGGAGAGGGAGCAGUGCCAGACAGAAAUCAGGGACCUGCAGGACCAGCUGUCAGAGAUGCACGAUGAGCUGGAUGGCACCCAGACUGGAGCCGAUGAGGAAGAGAAAGAGGCAAUGCUGCAGGAGGUGAUGCAGCUGAGGCUGGGCUUCCAGGAGGUGCUGCUGGCGAAGGAGGAGCAGGAGGAGGUGCUGCGGAGGCGUGAGCGUGAACUGACCGCGCUCAAGGGGGCGCUGAAGGAGGAGGUGGCCACCCACGACCAGGAACUGGACAAGAUGAAGGAGCAGCACGAACAGGAGCUUCAGAAGUUGCGGAAGUCCGUAGAGGAGGCCAAACAGGCCAAUGCUGUGGCGAGCCAGGAGAAGACGGAGCUGGUGUCAGCACGGGGGGCGGCGGAGACCCGGGCGGAGCGGCUGUCCCAGGAAGGGGAGCGCCUGCACAGGAGGGCUCAGGAGCUGGAGAACGAAGUGGCCAAACUCAACCGCAUCAUCGACGAGGCCAAGCUGCAGGAGAGCCGCCUCAGCGACCGCGUGAGCCGGCUGGAGAAAGAGAAGAGGCAGCUGGAGACAUCUCUGGAGGAGGCCAGGGAGCAGGAGGAGGAGACGGCCCUCACAAACCGCGCAUUAACCGCACGACUGGAGGAGUUACAGAGGAACAUGACCAAACUGACCCAGGACCACAAGGAUCUGAGCGAGAGGUUGAGGGAAGAGAACAGUCAGAAGGAGCUGCUGAAGAAGACCAAGAGCCAGGUGGAGGAAGAGAGGAGGCUGCUGGACCGCACCGUGGAGAAGCUGCAGAAGGAGAUGGGCGAGAUCGUGGAGGCCUCCCAGGCAUCCACCCAGGAGCUGCAGGUGCAGAUCAACGAGUACAAGGAGAAGAACCGGAAGGAGCUGACGGAGCUGCAGAGGCAGCUGAGGGACAAGGACCUGGAGCAGGAGAAGGCCCGGCUGGCUCUGAAGAGCCUGCAGGACGAGAUGUCCCAUCUGGAGGGAGACCUGAGACAGUGCAAGAGGGAGCGUGACGAGGCCGUUCUGAAGGGACAGGAACUGGAGCAGAAGGUGUACGACCUGGAGGUGGAGCUGGAGACCAAAUCUCACUGCAAGGACGACCGAUCCCGGCAGAUCAAACUCAUGGAGGACAGGAUCUCCCAGCUGGAGCAGGAUUUGGAGGAGGAGCGUGUCAGCGGGGACGAGCUCAUGGACAGGAUCACCCGGGGACGAGAGCAGGUGGAGCAGAUGAGGAACGAGCUGCUGCAGGAGAGAGCUCUCAGACAGGACCUGGAGUGUGACAAGAUGGCGCUGGAGAGACGGAAUAAGGACCUGAAAAGCAGGGUGGCUCAUCUGGAGGGCUCCCAGAAAUCCACCAAAGAGGGCCUGGUGUCCCAGCUGGAGGCCAGGAUUCAGGAGCUGGAGGAGAGACUGGAGACGGAGGAGAGGGAGCGCGCCAAUCUGCAGCACGUAAACCGCAAACUGGAGAGGAAGGUGAAAGAUAUGAUGAUGCAGGUGGAUGACACACACAACUCCCUGCAGGAUCAGAAGGACCAGCUGAACCUGCGGCUGAAGGCGCUGAAGCGUCAGAUGGACGAGGCGGAGGAGGAGAUCGACCGGCUGGAGCACAGCAAGAAGAAGCUGCAGAGGGACCUGGACGAGCAGCUGGAGGCCAACGAGCAGCUGCAGGGCCAGCUCAAAGCCCUGCGCAGCGAGAUGCGGCGCAAGAGUACGCCUGCCCCGCUCCUGAACGAUUUUGGUGACGAUGACGACGAUGACGACGACAUCAGCACCGACGGAGAGCAGUACUACGGCUCCGCUUCAGCGUUUAAAUAAUCCGGUUGGGAAGACGUUACGGUGUUCUCUUUGCCAAUGGACAGCGCAUUGAGGAAGACUACAUCAGAACCUGUGUGGGGACUGAGCACUGGAAGACUAGGAACAGAUGUCUGUCUGUCCAAGUGCAGGCUGAGAUUAGUACGAAGAGCAUGGGGAGAUGAAACAAUGUCUAGUGCCUUGUUAUGCACAGUAAACCUGGAGGUUUGCCUUUUCAGAUCUUUCCUAAAAUGUAAUAACUAUUUAUGAGCAUUUUCGUGACGAAUAUAACAGC